AUGAUGGCCAAGAAUUUGAUGAUUUUGUGCUGCCUGAUGGCGGCUGUCAUAGCGAAGCCAAUGUACACGGAUAAAUAUGAUAAUAUUGAUUUGAAAGAAAUAAAGGAGAACAAGAGAUUAUUAGUAGCUUAUGUAGAUUGCGUUCUCGAUAAAGGAAAAUGCACUCCCGAAGGAAAAGCACUAAAAGAUCACCUUCGAGAGGCCAUUGAAACUGGUUGCGAGAAAUGCACUGAAAAGCAAAAGGAAGGAUCAUACGAGAUGAUCGAGCACCUCAUUGAAAAGGAGCCAGAAAUCUGGAACGAACUAUGCGCUAAGUUCGAUCCAACCGGCAAAUGGAGGAAGGAGUACGAAGAAAAAGCAAAGGCCAAAGGCAUCAAAAUACCACAAUAGAUUUCUACAGAACAAUAAAUAUUUUACAUCUAUAAAACUGCACUCUUGAUGGACUUUACUUU